AUGCCUGGUCUGGAAAUUCCCGGCGAGUUCCUGCGGCAUGCGGUUCUCGACACGGUGGUCCCGCAUGCUCCCUCAGUCGAUAUUGAAGGGGCAUUGACCUUGGCCCUGGAGGACGGAGCAGACGAUCUUCCCUCGGUGCUUUCCUCUAUUCCCCAACGGUCACUUCUAUUUUUCGACGAAUCUCUCCCCGUCCGCGUUGUACUGCGACUCUCCGACUGCACGGAUACCAUCCUCAAGCAUUAUUUACCCCGUCUCGAAGUCCAACUAGACGUAUUUGCGGUCGACCCUGCUCAGACCGUGGCAGAGAAUCCGACUCCAGCUAGGGAGGUCAUCUUCUCUGGAAUUGUGGACACAAGGGAGGAACCAUUGGUGAUCUUUAAUGAAUUCGAGGGCGAAGAUGGGACUGGGAACCACGUCUACCUCAUUUGGAGCAUGGAGACAUUUCUGAAGAGACCUCGAAAUCGCAUCCCGAACCCAUCGCUCUUAUUUAUUGCUUCUGCGAGCCUCAAUCCUUCAGAAUCCAGCCAACUGGAAGAUCCCGAAGACGACUAUCUUCCUCCCCUAGUACCCGCAUCGACGAAUAUGUUCCAGCCCUUGUCUGGCGAUAAAUCCCUCGAGCACAAAGAGCCUUUCCUUCCUGCCUCAAGGUUGUUGCGGGUCGUGCCUACAACAUACAAUGAGGAUCCUAUAUACAACGUCCAGCAGCAACAUGGUCACCCCUUUCGUGUGGUCCCUGCAGCCAGUGCAAGAAUUCGCUAUUCUCGCUUGAAUUCCUACAGUGGCCUCCCCACUACAGUUGCAAGUCUGGAUUUCGAAGUAACCCCUUUCUUGAAUUGUGAGAUCUGCUUUGAUAAAGCAGAUGUGAAGUUAUCCGAGGGCACGCUUGAGCCUCUGUCGGCCGUGCAAGGUCUUGAGCUCCCCAUCACCUGUCGGCCCCGAGACGACGUGACCCUGAUGUACAAAUUGACUCCAGAGUAUGGUCCUGAGACCAACCCGUCAUCGACUGCCAUGAUGAGUAUGCUGGACAUCUCGUUAGGAGCAGUCAUUCAUCUAUCUGACGACUGCAAGCCUCGCAUCACUAUGCAAUGGCGGACUAAUGUUGAUUUUUCCUUGCCCCUUAAUCCUACCUUUGGCGGUCCCAGCCAGGCGCUGCAAAGAAGCAACCGGCCCACCAGCCUAUCCAUGCCUCAAGGCCAUUCCCAAACAGGGGCGCAUCCAAACAACCGGUCCUCGUUGCGAGAACGAGCAUAUUCAGUUACAGAUGUGGGCGUGACUAUAUCAUUCUCUGGUCCUUCUCGUGUUCAAGUUGGCUCACCAUUCUCUUGGGAUGUGUUCAUUGUCAACCGCUCUAACAUCCCGAGAAAAUUCGCUCUGAUCGCGAUUCCUCGACGGAAACGUGUGGAUCCGAGGGGCCAUAUGGCUCGCCCCUCAUCCUCAUCCAUCUCGAGCCGGAAGGAGGAUCAUGUGGCGGAGGCCGUGACGGACGACAAUAUUGUCCACGCGAUGCAGAAGAGCGUUGCUGGACAGGAGGCCGAAUUGAUCAGUUUGAGCACAGAUAUCCGUGUCGGCCCCCUCUUGCCUGGAACCUGCCACUCAACCGAACUGAAGCUACUACCCCUUGCGACCGGCCCCCUCCAUCUGGAGGCGGUACGCCUUGUGGAUGUGAAUACGAACGAGACGACCGAUAUUCGAGACCUGCCAGACAUUCUGGCGGAUGAUCAGCCCCGAGUAUCUGCAUAA